AUGGCGUCGCCCCCGCUGGCGGCGGCAGCGGUGGCGGUGGCAGCGGCCGGGAGCGGCAGUGAGGCGAGCUCGGGAUCUGAGGAGACGGCGACGCCGCCGGACCGCGACCUGGUCGCGCUGUUCGAGGAGGCCGCCGAGCGUCUGCCGGCGCUGCUGCCCGCCGCCAGCAAGGAGCAGCUGCUCUACCUGUACGCCCGCUACAAGCAGGUGAAAUUUGGAACCUGUAACACUCCCAAGCCAGGCUUCUUUGAUUUUGAGGGAAAGCAGAAAUGGGAAGCUUGGAAAGCCCUGGGAGAUACCAGCCCUCAUCAGGCUAUGCAGGAGUAUGUUGCUACAGUGAAAAAACUGGACCCCAGUUGGAAUCCACAGAUGACAGAGAAGAGGGCAAAGGAAAGCAAAACUUCAUUUGGAGGCCCAGUCAUCAGCUCAUUGUAUCAAGAAGAAACAAUCAGGGAAGAAGACAAGAACAUUUUUGAUUACUGCAGAGAAAACAACAUUGACCAUGUAACCAAAGCCAUUUGCUCAAAAAAAGUGGAUGUGAAUGUCACAGAUGAGGAGGGCCGGGCUCUGCUCCACUGGGCAUGUGACAGAGGACACAAGGAGCUGGUUUCAGCACUGUUGCAGCACGCUGCUGACGUUAACAGCCAGGAUGGGGAAGGCCAGACCGCACUCCAUUACGCUGCCGCCUGCGAGUUUUUGGACAUCGUGGAGCUGUUGCUGAAGUCUGGAGCCGACCCCAUGCUGCGGGACCAGGAGGGCUGCCUGCCGGAGGAGGUGACAGACUGUAAAGCCAUCGCUGCAGCUCUGCAGCAGCACACGGCUGGCAAGGCCUAACC